AUGACAGACAUAACAAAUGAUACAAAUAAUUUACAACAAAUAAUAACAACGACAGUUUUGAGUGUGCCAUUUCAUUCUGUAACUUCAAAACAAUUCUUUGUUGGAAUUUUCUUAGCACUUUUGUCAAGUUUAUUUAUUGGUUCAAGUUUUAUUUUAAAAAAAAAAGGUUUACUUAAUUUAACGAAUUAUAAUGGAUCUAUUCGAGCAGGCUCAGGUGGAUUUGGAUAUCUAUAUGAACUUCAAUGGUGGGCUGGAUUAGCAACUAUGGGACUUGGAGAAUUAUGUAAUUUUGCAGCUUAUGGAUUUGCUCCAGCAUCAAUUGUUACACCACUUGGUGCAUUGUCAGUUUUAGUUAGUGCUUUAAUGGCUGUUCGAUAUUUGAAUGAAAAUUUAAAUACUCUUGGUAAAAUUGGUUGUCUUCUUACUAUAUUCGGUUCAAUUGUUAUUAUUAUUCAUGCACCAAAAGAGAGUGAAGUUAAUUCAUUAUUUGAUUUUGCUCGUAAAAUUUCAGCAUUAGAAUUUAUUUUCUUUUCAUUUAUAAUAUUUAUUAUUAUUUUAUGUUUAAUUAUAUAUUAUGGACCACGUUUUGGUUCAAAAUAUGUUUAUAUAUAUGUAAUGAUUUGUUCUCUUUUGGGUGCUUUUACUGUUACAGCAUGUAAAGGUCUUGGUGUUGGUUUAAAAGAAUUUUUUACUCAUGAAUAUUCAUAUUCAAUAUGGUUAACAUUUUCAUGUGCACUUGCAAUUAUUAUUUGUAUUCUUAUACAAAUGAUUUAUCUGAAUAAAGCUUUAGAUCUGUUUGUCACACCAAUUGUAACAACUGUGUAUUAUGUUCUAUUUACAACUUGUGUUCUUAUUACAUCAGGUAUACUUUUUCAUGAAUGGCGUUUAUUAACAUUAGUUGAUAUUAUUGCAUGUCUUGUUGGAUUUUCUACAACAGUAUGUGGUUUAAUUUUAAUUAAUUAUUUAAAAACAAAUACAUUAUCGAAUAAUAUACAAUCAAUGGAUAUAAAUGAUAAAUCUUUUUUUUCUUAUUUACAUUCGAAUUCUCAGCUAUCGUUAGCAGGAUCAUCUGGUCCAAUAUCAGUAGCUUCUGUCAAACAGCAACGUUACAUUCCAGUCAAAACUUAUGCUAAUCUUCUCUUUAAUGAUAGUAACGAUCAAUUAUCAACGAAUGCUAUCAACGAGCAAUAUCAACCAUUAUUAUUGAUUGAUGAAUGUGAUUUAAAUUUUUAG